AUGCGUUCCCUAUACCUCCUACCCGCCUUGUGUAUCGUCCUCCUACUGGGGACGAUCUCAUCGGCAUUCCCCUCCCCUGGGGACGAAUUAGCGCACGGUCAAUUCCUGCGGCGAGCUGACACCACAGCAGCCGAUAGCGCCACGACCGGACAAGCCGCCACGACCGGCAAGAGUGCAGCCAAGACCGACUCCGCUACCGAUUCGGCCACCGACUCGGCCAAGAAGACCGCUUCAGGGACGAAAGCCACCGGCAAAGCCACGGGGACCGCAACGGGGACCGCAACGGGGACGGCCACCGGCACCGCGACCGGGACCGACACGAACAGCGGGACCGAGACGGGAUCCGAUUCCUCCACCAAGAAGGGCAGCACGAAGACGACGUCGAGCAACUCGACGACCACCAAUGCCUGGGCCGGUGGCAUCUCAAUGCUGACGCCCGCGACCACGACCACGACGUACUACAAGAUCGGCAACUCGGUGACGUUCGCCUGGAACUACACCUCGCUGGACGUGACCCCGACGGCGGUCAACGUCAUCGCCUCGUGCAGCCUGAACAGCCACAAGUACACGAUCACGCAGAACAUGACCGUCAAGGAGACCAACAAGGUCGUCUGGGACACCGGAGAGUACAAGGCCAACGCGACGGUCCCGCUGCUGACCGCCUCAUACACCCUGAUUGUCUGGGACGCCAGCAAGGCCAUCUCCGACACGGCCAAGGGCGGCCACCUCAGCGCCGCCAGUUACACCUUCGCCAUGUACAGUCCGCAGUCGUACACGCCAUUGAAUGGAUUCGUCUGCGCCACCUGCAGCGGCGCCCUCUCCGAACUCGAACGACAAGGUCUGAAGUUCGUGUUCGGCAUGGUCCUCAUCACGAUCACCACCUUCACCUGGUUCGCGGGUGACUUUGGGGUCUUUUCCACAUAA